GUCCCUUAAAAACCCAACAAGAAGGACACUUGUCAUAGGAACUGUUUAUCUGCAACACUUCUGAAGAAUAUCUUUUCUGUCAGUGGCACUAUAAACCCCUAGUCAUGAGUUUCAAGGACUUUACAAUGGACUUAUUAGGUCUGGGCAUCAGCACGGGAUUUACUUACCUUUUCUGUCGCUUUGUACGUGCUGGCCAGGAUGUGGUUCGUCAUCUCAAGGAAACACCAGAGUUGGAAAUAAAUUCCAGCCUCAUUGGCAGAGUGACAGAGAGUGGUGGUAGCAUGAUUGCUUGUGUGAGGGGAGUUGUAAAGGCUUCAGAUAUUGCACUGAGGUGUAAUGCUCGACCUGAGGUGACAGGUGUUAUAUGGCGCCACACCAUCCAGGAGCAUCUUGUUGAACAAGUUAUGGGUUUGUGGAUGAACGAUAAAUUGACUGUCGAUUUAUCUACAAGUCACAUACCAUUUGUGUUGAUGGGCAAGGGAAUUGGAGUCCAGAUUACAAAUCCAAAAAAACUAGAUUACGUAGCACUAACUGUAGUCAGUGAAAAGUUUGAAUCAGCAUCCAAUUCUUUAGCUGAUCACAUAUGGGGGUGGUUGAAGGGUGUUCGAAGUACUGGCACUCAACACAUUGAAGAGAUGCUUGUGGAAGGUACAAGGGCCCUGGGCAUUGGACAACUCAUGUUGCGAAAUGAGGGUCUCCAUCUUGAUCCUGCUAAUGUCAUACCAUAUAUGAUUACAACUAAAGACAAGAAGGGUGUAAUCGAGGACUUGGAGGCACCAAUUCCUUACAUUAAAGUGCUGAGCCUUGUGACAGCAUGUGGAGUUGCCUUUUUUUCUUACCGUUUGGUGUCUCGACUGUAUACAAAGUGGCGUAAGGAUAGGCGUCGACGUGCUGAAGAGAGAGUCUUGGAGGAAGCUCGAGUUCGGAGAGAGGCCCAAGGCAACGAUUUGCCAGAGAGUCUAAUGUGUGUCAUUUGCUGUGGCAUCAGAGAUGUUCUGCUCGUGCCAUGUUAUCAUGUGUGUGUAUGUAGUGAAUGUGCACAGAAACUAGAACCUAGAGCAUGUCCUGUGUGUCGAGCUGAUAUAGAAAGUAUUCAGCCAGUCUUCUAUGCUUGAUCAUUUUCAUUUUAUAUGUUAAAUGUAUAUAUUGUUUAUAUACUAAUACCUGCUCAACGUUGUUGUUCUAGUUAUUGUAUGGUAAGGAAGAUACUGUAUUAAAUAUUUUUUUAAGAUAAAUUUGUUCUCUCUACAACAGUAUAUUUUCCUAGGUCCCAAAAGUACUAUAAGACUGAAUGUAUUUCUUUGUUUCUUUCAACACACUGGCCGUAUUCCACCGAUGCACAGUGACCUAUAAAUUUAUACAGAGGGAGUUACUAGCCCCUUGCCUUUGGCAUUUUAGUCACCUCUUGUGACAUGCAUGGCUUACGGAGGAAUAAGACUGAAUGUAUAUCAUAAACAGUUGAGUCUGAUUACUUGUGGCAACUGAUUUCAGACGUAUCUUGGUGCGUAUACUAUUAAUCUUGGUUGAUAAAAAUCUGCAUUUAUAGAGAUCGUACAUGUAAAUAAUGUAACUGAAUAGUAUAUGUGCAUAUACAGUGGGUCUAUAUGAAUAGCUGUGUGUGUCCACAGUAUGUAUGUGUACAAGAAUGAGCAUUUUCUUUGCAUGUGCACAUAAAAUACAUGGUAUGUAUAUGUUUGUCAUAUGUACACACUGUCAUGUACAUAAAGUUUCCAUAAACAGCUUGUAUAUCUAGUACAUAUACAGCCAAAAAACAUUAUAUUGUAGAAUAAAUUUCAAUGUCUUAUACACUCUUGUUACUUAAUGAUGAAUGACUGAGUAGUAUUGCCAGUUCAACAAGAUUUUUUUCUAAAUAUUUACUAAAGUAUUAUCCAGAAGGCUGAGGAAGGGUUGUUGAGGUGGUUUGGACAUUUAGAGAAAUAUAAAUGAAAUAGGGAGAACAUAUAAAUCUUUAGUUGAAGGAAGGCAGGGUAUGAGUCGGCCUAGGAAAGGUUGGAGGGAGGGGGUAGAGGAGGUUUUGUGUGUGAGAGGCUUGGACUUCCAGCAGGCAUAUGUAAGUGUUAGGUAGGAGCAAGAGGAGACAAAUGGUUUUUAUGACUAUGUGCUGUUGGAGUUUGAGCAGAGUAACAUUUAUGAAGGGAUUCAGGGAAACUGGCAAGCCAGACUCGAGUCCUGGAGGUGGGAAGUACAGUGCCUGCCCUCUGACGGAGGGGCUUUAAUGUUGCAGUUCUUUAAAUUGUAGUGUAGGCACUUCUCUGGCAAGACAGUGAUGGAGUGAAUGAUGAUGAAAGUGUUUCUUCUUUUUCGGGUCACCCUGCUUUGGUGGGAAACAGCCAAUGUGUUAAUAUUUUCUGACUAUCAAGAUGAUAGUUAUGAUUAUAUAUGAUAUAUAGAAUCUAGUCAUAGCAGUAUUAAAGGAAAAGUAAUUAUGUUGUGUGCUAGGAUCAAAUUAUUUAAACAAUCAUUUAUAAGGAACUCUUUCAAUACUGUAAUUUUGUUCGUAAGCAAUUUUUUUUUUUUUUUUGAGAAAGUUAUGCAGAUAUAUAUUGGUGAGGAAAUUAAAGAAUAUUUUAAAAUAUAAAUACAUUUAUAAGCAUGUCUUAUGCACCUGGGUAACCUAGUGUUGUUCUUAUAUGUCAGCUCAUUAUGACUGACAGUCUUGAUAUAGAUUCUACUAUUUUUGUUUUAUAAAUUUUGUAUAUUGAA